AUGAAUGAGAUGGUCACAGAUGUAUACAUGCCGUUCUUAGAAGGAUCCUUGCUUGAUGAUCCGAUAGAUAAGUCAUUAUUAACAGAUCGAGAAGCUAAGAAUUUAGACCAUAUAAUAUUUGUGGUUGAGUCUGAGAAGACGACGCUAUGCCCCAUAGAUACUAAGCGCUGGAUUCUAUCAGAUGGUAUUACCUCUUUGCCAUAUUUCCAUUGGCGUAUCCAAGCAUAUAAGAAUAUGGUCAAACGUGACCCUUCUGAAGGUGAACGUAGUUCACACGAGGGAGUAUGGCUAAGUCGAGGAAUAAUCGGCGCAAGACAAUGGUAUGAACACGUAUAUGAUAGGGCAACGGGUUUUAUCACUGUCAAAAAUAAAAGACAAGAUAGGAUUGUAGACGUGUUCGAUUACUUCGCUGAGCAAAAUAUCUGGGAUGAACAUAAUCAUCCACCAGAUGGUAUCAUUAAUCGGAUAACAGAAGCAGAAAUAAAUUGCGGUAAACUAUUCGGGAUGCUUUCAAAGCAAAUUUACACGCUGGAAAAAAGAAUGGAUGAUCUCCAUUACCAACUAGGGAAGUAUGAAAGCAGGCUUAAUAGCUCAGAAGAUAAUAUAAAUGUAAAUCUCGAAUUACAUAAAAUGCCCAGAGUAGAACGUUCAAAAUAUCAAUUCAUUCAAGGAUUAUACCGGGAUUCUGCUUUGCAAAAGCUGUAUUAUCAGCCUGGAUGUUAUUAUCUAAUUGCCGAAAUAAUGCAGGAAGUUUGUAAAAAGUCUGGAUAUGAUUUCACUCUUGCGGAGAUCUACCCUGAUCCAGUCCGGAGCAGUGAUCUAAAUAUAAUCAAUCAAUCUAUUAGCAAAAUGUCAGAUGACGAGAUAGAUGCCGAGAUAGAAGAAGGCUACAAUGAAUUUAUCAAAGAAUAUGGAUCGAGGUAUGAAUGGGAUAGCGAAGGAAAUCCUGGAUUUACACCACAAUGGGAUGACUGGGAGGAACUUUUUUGCGAAAUCAAAAUCUAUUGGAAGUUAGGCGUUGAAGAGAGAAAACACUUAAGCAAUUUCUAUAUAGUCUGUUCAAUAUAA